AUGACAAUAAAGGAAUCAUCGUUGCAUAAACACCUCUCUGCAGACCCACUGCGUGCCAAGAAAGGAGCUGGGCCCCUGGACCUGGGCGCCAUGGCCCAGCUGCUGUCCUCCGAAGUGCAGCAGCUGCUCCACAACAAGUUCGUGGUCAUCCUGGGAGACUCCAUCCAGAGGUCCGUGUACAAGGACCUGGUGCUCCUGCUGCAGGAGGAUCGCCUGCUCACUUUCGACCAGCUCAAGGUCAAGGGGGAGCCGAGCUUCGAACAGGACAAGCUGGUGGAAGGGGGCACGAAGGACAUCAUGAGCAACAGCACCAGCUACCGCGAGGUCCGCGAGUUCUGCACCGGCCACCACCUGGUGCGCUUCUACUUCCUCACGCGCGUGUACAGCGAGUACGUGCGGGCCGUGCUGGAAGAGCUGCAGGCCCACGAGCACACCCCGGACCUGGUCGUCAUGAACUCCUGCCUCUGGGACAUCUCCAGGUACGGGCCCGACUGGUGCAGCAGCUACUGGGACAACCUGGAGAGCCUGUUCCGGCACCUGAGCCAGGCGCUGCCAAAGUCGUGCCUCCUGGUGUGGAACACGGCCAUGCCCCUGGGCAAGAAGGUCAAGGGGGGCUUCCUCCCGAAAGAGCAGCCGUCCACUUCCAAAGCCCGGAUUAGAAAGGUGAUCGAAGCCAACUACUACAGCUACGUCCUGGCGAAGGAGUACAACUUGGAUGUGCUGGACUUGCACUUCCACUUCCGCCACGCGAAGGAGCACCGGCACAGCGACGGGGUGCACUGGGACCGGCACGCGCACCGGCGCCUCUCCCAGCUGCUGCUGGCCCACGUGGCCGACGCGUGGGGCGUGGAGCUGCCCCACCGCCAGCCAGCGAGCCAGUGGACCACGAAUGACCCUGCGAGGGCGGCCAGACCUAGCCAGAGACUUGAGAGGCAGUCCCAGAGCAGCAGAGGCCUAACGGCCGCACCCCAGCCCUCCUCCUUGUUGCCUCCUCCCAGGCACAGCCCCCUGCUGCCACUCCCAGCUCCCCGCCCAUCCUUGUCCCCCCUCCUGCCCUCACCGCCUCUUCCCCUUCCCUGUCACCCGGCCAUGCGCCCCCAGGUCUUGCUCUAUCCCCAAGAUCCCUAUUUUUACUCAGACCAGCCUUCCAAUUCCGACCAGUUCUUCAGCAAUUUUCAUCCUACCCAGACGGGAUUUGACUUGGAAAACGACUUGGUGUUUGAUCCCCAGCCCCCAAGGGCCCUCUUCCCCACACCCUAUUAUCAGCAGCAGGCCCCUGUGGUUCAUAGGGGUUUUCCCCGGAAUCUACCUCCUGGCCCAUAUCUGCCCUGGAGACAGUUGCCCAAACCUUACAGGAGACAAGCCCGAGGCUACCCAGAGCCAAGGCCUCAUUAG